AUCACAGUACUUCACUGUAAUAUAGAAAAUGAACAAAGACAGGCACGAUAUUCUCUACAAUCAAGCACGCAAUUUGCUGAAUUAUGAUGUGAAGAAGGUAUGGUUUGAUAUCGACCCCUAUUUUGAGAGGAGAGAAAGGGACGACCAAGAGUUGCCAAACUUCGAACCUCGUCAGUCAACCAUUUUGUGCGAAAAACUCGAGUUCACAGGUCGGAUAGAGCGUAAUGAGUUGCAAGCAGAUGAGUUUUGGGACUUCUUGUACUCCGACAAAUGGAAUCAUGGUUGCUCGAUAAGAAUUCUCGAAGGACAACUCUUCGAUCAAAUACAGACCCAACUUCACAAAUUGUUAAAGCGACAGAAGAUCGGUCAACAUCGAACAUUCGCGUUCGCUAGGAACAAAAGAGCUCAGCGAGGGUGUUACACAUUGGCUAAUCAAAAGAGCUGUGACGAGAUGGAAGAGAUUUUGUUGUUGGAGUUUACAUAUUAUGGUCGUGUUCAUUCACCACGACUGUAUGAAUCUACCUGCAGUUCCUACGAAGGAACCACAUCUGGUAUAUAUUCCCAAAACAGAUCCAGCGAGACAGAGGCAGAUUUUAUUCCCCUUGUCCGGAGAGGAGCCUCCACCGACAGCAAGGAUUUAUCCCUCAUUUUACCCCCAAUCAAACACAGACGAUCAGUUGAUAUUUCAGAAAGGACAGCGCACAAAAAAAGGCCAACGCCUGCAAAACGAACGAAAGGAAGACCAACACGAGUAAUCCGAAAGCCCCCCGAAUCCACCCCAAAAGAGAUCAGUAACGUUAGUUCGGACAGCGAUUACAAAUCUCUGCCUCCACUCACAAACUUGAAACAUUUAAGAUGCACAGAGAACGUUGUAUAUGGAAAAGAUACUGUCUGGGAGGAAGUACCACUGAGCGAAAACGUUCUAGACUUGGGUGAAGAAUUUUACUUGUCAGAUAUAGUGAAGGAACGUGAAAAACAAACCCAUGCAGAUUACGAGUCUGUUAGCAAAAAGUUGGCGAAGUGCAAAUUUGAACUGCUUAAGAGAAAGGAAGAAAAGAAAAAACGAGAAAUUUGUUCUACAGAGAAGAGUUCAUGUAUUACGCCCAUGCCGAGCUUUGAUAUCGAGAAAAUACAACUAGAUAAAACAAUGCCUAGGGGACCAAUUUUCAAGUUUCGCUUUCCAGAAAUUCCCAGUUUUGAACAAUUAAUCGCCAUAUUGGAAUCCGAAGAAUGCCAUGAUUCUUUUUCUAAACCGUUGCGGAAGAAAGUUACUGACAGACACAAUUUCAUUAACUUACAACAGUCACUUAGAAAAAGAAAAAUGACAAUGGGGAAACUGAAGACCGCAAGUGUUGGCGGAAAGAAAGAUGCAAUAGAAACUAAAAGCCGAUCUCCCGUGUCGCGCACCUUAUCGCCUGUGGUUGCCGUCCCCCAAAAGAAACCCAAUAUGCUCGCCACUAUGUCAGAGGAGGAAAACAUCGGUACCUUGGCAGCAAAGGUCAAAGGUGUUACAAAUUCAAGAAAAUGCGAGAUUCAUGUUCACAAUUAUAUUGAAAAGAUAAAACGCUGUAAAGAGAGUAAAGUGAACUCGGUUUUAGAAUCUUUCUGUAUCACCAAUAUUCCAAUCAUCUUACUGACGUCUCCUUCUGGUGAGAUAUCAAUCCUCUCGGAUGUUGCCACAUUCAGUGCUUUAAGAAAGUAUGUACGAAAGAAGGUCAAACCUGGAAAAAAGAAAAUGGCCAAGUCUCUAAAGGGAGAAGGCAGUGAGUUUAUGUCCUCUUCUUUUGACACAAACAAACUCAACUUGCAAUACAGUCUCGAAAGGAUGGACAAUUUCUUGAAGAAAAAGUCCGACUAUGAAAACAGAGCUCAGACAUGUGGUCAACUCAUGAUACCCGAGGACUCUAAAAGUGAGAAAAGAAUAUCAACAUUUGAGAGAAUCGAACCCUCAAUUGGCAUCAGAAGAUUAAAGACUAAAACAUUGCAACAAAAAGAGAGGAAACCGGUUGAACAGAUAGGAUUGCCAAAUGUUACCGAAUUUUCAUUGAUCGAUUUUGAAGUAAGGCUGCUCCAGUCUUUAGAUGAUUUCCUUGUUCGUAAAGAACAUGUGGUUUCUACCAUCAACGGAAAAUCUUUAACAACUAUAACAUUCACAAAAAAAUCUGUCUUUAAAUAAUGAUAUAUAUAUAUAUAUAUAUAUAUAUAUAUAUAUAUA